AUGGUCCAAGCGCUCCCGCCAUUCCCCAGUUUCGACCUCCGAACAACCGACGACAACAACAUCGGACUUGAGUGUGUGAAGUGGGUUGAACGGUUCGAAAAUUUUCUUAUCGCAAGCAACAUCACAGUGGAUGCACGCAAAAAGGCGCUUCUUCUCCACUACGUCGGCGAAGUCUACGACAUUUUUCGAGCCCUCCACACUCUAAAUCUUUUCACACCUCUAAAGGUCACGACAGCCCCAGCAACACAAACGGCCCUGGCGUCGCAACAAACGUCAAUCUCGGAAUAUGAUACAGCAAAAGCAAAACUCGAUGCCUACUUCGCACCAAGAGUUAACCCAACGUUUGCCGUUUAUCGUUUUCGACAAACACACCAGCAAGAAGGUGAGAGCCUUGAUGCGUUCUACACACACCUUCUGCAGCUCGCUCGUCACUGCAGUUUUGCAAAUGUAGACCUGGAAAUCAAAAAACAACUAAUCCUCGCCACAACAUCACCUCAUCUGCGAAAAUAUGCGAUGCUUCACUCGCUUGAUUUACCGGGUAUUCUUAAGCAAGGUGGACUGUUUGAAGACAUUGACCGAGAUGUUUCAGACAUCGAAAGAGACGCUGAAAACGCCGCAUUAGUACACGCAGUACACAAGAAUAUGCAGCAUGGCAACAGGAAGCCAACUGCAAACAAGGAAGCAACACAACAACCCAACCACUCCAAGCAAUGUUCCAGAUCAACGGAGUGUGGAAACUGCGGAGGUGCAACAGUGUCAAUUGUUGGCGAGAACAACCUUCAAAACUGCCGUCUGACUAGUCGUCUAGAAAAGACCUCUGUGAAGGUGUUUCCCUACAAAGCAACAUCUCCAUUACGACUCCUUCGCAAAGUCUCUGUCAACAUGACCUAG